AUGCCGGUGUUUCAUACGCGCACGAUUGAGAGCAUUCUGGAGCCGGUGGCGCAGCAGAUCUCGCACCUGGUGAUCAUGCACGAGGAAGGCGAGGUGGACGGCAAAGCCAUCCCUGACCUCACCGCGCCUGUGGCCGCCGUGCAGGCGGCCGUCAGUAACCUCGUUCGGGUUGGAAAAGAGACUGUUCAAACCACUGAGGAUCAGAUUUUGAAGAGAGAUAUGCCACCAGCAUUUAUUAAGGUGGAGAAUGCUUGCACCAAGCUUGUCCAGGCAGCCCAGAUGCUUCAGUCAGACCCUUACUCAGUGCCUGCUCGAGAUUAUCUAAUUGAUGGAUCAAGGGGCAUCCUCUCCGGCACAUCAGACCUGCUCCUCACCUUCGACGAGGCUGAGGUUCGUAAAAUUAUUAGAGUUUGCAAAGGAAUUUUGGAAUAUCUUACAGUGGCAGAGGUGGUGGAAACUAUGGAAGAUUUGGUCACUUACACAAAGAAUCUUGGACCAGGAAUGACUAAGAUGGCCAAGAUGAUUGAUGAGAGGCAGCAGGAACUGACUCACCAGGAGCACCGAGUGAUGUUGGUGAACUCAAUGAACACCGUGAAAGAGUUGCUGCCAGUUCUCAUUUCAGCUAUGAAGAUUUUUGUAACAACUAAAAACUCAAAAAACCAAGGAAUUGAAGAAGCUUUGAAAAAUCGUAAUUUUACUGUAGAAAAGAUGAGCGCUGAAAUUAAUGAGAUCAUUCGUGUAUUACAACUCACUUCUUGGGACGAAGAUGCCUGGGCCAGCAAGGACACUGAAGCCAUGAAGAGAGCGUUGGCCUCCAUAGACUCCAAACUGAACCAGGCUAAAGGUUGGCUCCGUGACCCCAGUGCCUCCCCAGGUGAUGCUGGUGAACAGGCCAUCAGACAGAUCUUAGAUGAAGCUGGAAAAGUUGGUGAACUCUGUGCAGGCAAAGAACGCAGGGAGAUCCUGGGAACCUGCAAAAUGCUAGGGCAGAUGACUGAUCAAGUGGCUGACCUCCGAGCCAGAGGACAAGGAGCCUCACCGGUGGCCAUGCAGAAAGCCCAGCAGGUGUCUCAGGGUCUGGAUGUGCUCACAGCAAAAGUGGAAAAUGCAGCCCGCAAGCUGGAAGCCAUGACCAACUCAAAGCAGAGCAUUGCGAAGAAGAUUGAUGCUGCUCAGAAUUGGCUUGCAGAUCCAAAUGGUGGACCAGAAGGAGAAGAACAGAUUCGAGGGGCUUUGGCUGAAGCUCGGAAAAUAGCAGAAUUAUGUGAUGAUCCUAAAGAGAGAGAUGACAUUCUACGUUCUCUUGGAGAAAUAUCUGCUCUGACUUCUAAAUUAGCAGAUCUACGAAGACAGGGAAAAGGAGAUUCCCCAGAGGCCCGAGCAUUGGCCAAACAGGUGGCCACGGCCCUACAGAACUUGCAGACCAAAACCAACAAGGCUGUGGCCAACAGCAGACCUGCCAAAGCAGCUGUCCACCUUGAGGGCAAGAUUGAGCAGGCACAGCGGUGGAUUGAUAAUCCCACAGUGGAUGACCGGGGAGUUGGUCAGGCUGCCAUCCGAGGGCUUGUGGCUGAAGGUCAUCGUCUGGCAAAUGUCAUGAUGGGGCCUUAUCGCCAAGAUCUUCUUGCAAAGUGUGACCGAGUGGACCAGCUGACUGCCCAGCUGGCUGACCUGGCUGCCAGAGGGGAAGGGGAGAGUCCUCAGGCGAGAGCCCUUGCAUCUCAGCUCCAAGACUCUUUAAAGGAUCUGAAAGCCCGGAUGCAGGAGGCCAUGACCCAGGAGGUGUCAGAUGUUUUCAGUGAUACUACAACUCCCAUCAAGCUGUUGGCAGUGGCAGCCACUGCCCCUCCUGAUGCACCCAAUAGGGAAGAGGUAUUUGAUGAGAGGGCAGCUAACUUUGAAAACCAUUCAGGAAGGCUUGGGGCCACGGCAGAGAAGGCGGCUGCUGUUGGAACUGCUAAUAAAUCAACGGUGGAAGGCAUUCAGGCCUCAGUGAAGACAGCCCGAGAACUCACACCCCAGGUCGUCUCAGCGGCUCGCAUCUUACUUAGGAAUCCCGGAAAUCAAGCUGCUUAUGAACAUUUUGAGACCAUGAAGAACCAGUGGAUCGAUAAUGUUGAAAAAAUGACAGGGCUGGUGGACGAAGCCAUUGACACCAAAUCUCUGUUGGAUGCUUCCGAAGAAGCAAUUAAAAAAGACCUGGACAAGUGUAAAGUCGCCAUGGCCAAUAUUCAGCCUCAGAUGCUGGUCGCUGGGGCAACCAGCAUUGCUCGUCGGGCCAACCGGAUCCUGCUGGUUGCUAAGAGGGAGGUGGAGAACUCUGAGGAUCCCAAGUUCCGAGAGGCCGUGAAAGCCGCCUCUGACGAAUUGAGCAAAACCAUCUCCCCAAUGGUGGUGGAUGCAAAGGCUGUGGCAGGAAACAUUUCUGACCCUGGCCUGCAAAAGAGCUUCCUGGACUCGGGAUAUCGGAUCCUGGGAGCAGUGGCCAAGGUCAGAGAAGCCUUCCAACCUCAGGAGCCUGACUUCCCGCCUCCUCCGCCAGACCUUGAACAGCUCCGACUGACAGAUGAGCUUGCUCCUCCCAAACCACCUCUGCCUGAGGGUGAGGUCCCUCCUCCCAGGCCCCCACCACCAGAGGAGAAGGAUGAAGAGUUCCCUGAGCAGAAAGCUGGGGAGGUGAUUAACCAGCCAAUGAUGAUGGCUGCCAGGCAGCUCCAUGAUGAAGCUCGCAAAUGGUCCAGCAAGCCAGGUAACCCAGCCGCUAAGGUGGGUAUAAGUGCUGUAGCUGAGGCAGAUGCGGCUGACGCUGUUGGGUCCCCUGUCCCCCCUGACAUGGAAGACGAUUACGAACCUGAGCUGCUGUUAAUGCCAUCCAGUCAGCCGGUCAACCAGCCCAUUCUGGCAGCGGCUCAGUCAUUGCAUCGGGAAGCUACCAAGUGGUCUAGUAAGGGCAAUGACAUCAUUGCAGCAGCCAAGCGCAUGGCUCUGCUGAUGGCUGAGAUGUCUCGGCUGGUCAGAGGGGGCAGCGGUACCAAGCGGGCACUGAUUCAGUGUGCCAAGGACAUAGCCAAGGCCUCAGAUGAGGUGACUCGGUUGGCCAAGGAGGUUGCCAAGCAGUGCACAGAUAAGCGGAUUAGAACCAACCUCUUACAGGUAUGCGAGCGAAUCCCAACCAUAAGCACCCAGCUCAAAAUCCUGUCCACGGUGAAGGCCACCAUGCUGGGCCGGACCAACAUAAGCGACGAGGAGUCUGAGCAGGCCACAGAGAUGCUGGUUCACAAUGCCCAGAACCUCAUGCAGUCUGUGAAGGAGACUGUUCGAGAAGCAGAAGCAGCUUCAAUCAAAAUUCGAACAGAUGCUGGGUUUACACUGCGCUGGGUUAGAAAGACUCCCUGGUACCAGUAG